AUGAACCUCAGUCAGGCAGUCAUUGGGGUGAAGGAAGAGCAGCAUGGCAACAUCAAAACAGAUGCUUCCAUCAAGGAAGAAGUCGAAGUGAAGGGCGAGCGGUAUGAAGACGUUCCGCUUUUGGACAAACUUCAGCCCGCUUGCGAGACCAUUGCUUUCUCUCGUAAGCUUCAGCCUGCCCUGAAGACGGCAGCAUCACACUGGGGUGACCAAAUCUCCGAUCUUCGUGAUCGCGCGAAGCGGUCCCAGCAGACAGUCAUCGGCGUUCUAGGCAAUACCGGGGAUGGCAAAAGCUCAACCAUCAAUGCCCUGCUGGAUGAAGAGAAUUUGCUUCCCACGAACUGCAUGCGUGGAUGUACCGCCGUCGCCACCGAGGUUUCUUACAACCAUGAUGAAGACCAAGAGAACCCAUACCGCGCGGAAAUCGAGUUCAUCUCUCAAGAUGAGUGGUCAAGGGAGGUCAACAUACUGCUUAUGGAUCUUCACGUCGAAGAUGCAGCAGAAAAGGAUGACCUAGACCCGGAGAGUGAUGCCGCUAAAGCUCAAUCAAAGAUUGAAGCGGUGUAUCCGUCAAUGACCCCCCAAGACUUGGCCAGCAGCACCUCAGCCCAGUUGGCUACCCAUCAAAAUGUCAGUGGCUUUCUGGGUACAACCAUGACGCUGAAAUGCAACAAUGCGCAGGAGAUGCGCGAGCAACUCGAGCCUUAUGUUGACUCCAAAGACAAAGACGACGAUACCGCAGCGUACUGGCCAUUGGUAAAAGUUGUCAGACUUUUUACCAAAGCCAGAGUGCUCGUAAACGGUGUCACAAUCCCCGACCACCAGGAUUGGGAUGCAGCUAGAGCUGCGGUAGCGAGCGAGUACAUCAAGUCGUGUUCGGGAGUCUGGGUUGUGGCCCCAAUCAACAGAGCCGUCGAUAACAAGACGGCAAAGGACAUCAUGAGCAAUUCCAUCAAACGUCAACUCAAACUUGAUGGAGCGUUUUCGGCUUUGACCGUCAUUUGCUCAAAGACUGAUGACAUGACGAUUAGCUCUGGAAUGGACAGCAUGAAGUCGAAACUGGACAAGAAUACCAAGACAGCAUGGAGCCAGAUUCAAGUCCUUGGUCGCCGCAUAACAGCUCUGGAGAAGGAGCUCAUGGUCGUCCGGGGUCGGCGUAAGACAUCUCGCGCCUCUACUAAUGACGUUGACGCGGACCGCCCAGCCAAAAGAGCGCAAUCCGAGUCACCAAACAGGCACGCGGAGAAAUCGGCAUUCGAUACAUCCACCGAACUAACCAAGGACUCCGUCAUCGACUCUAACCCAAAUGCCGAGAAGCAUAAGCAGCUCGCGGAAUUGCGACAGGAAAAGGGAGAGCUGGUGGAUGAGGCCCAUGCACGUCUGAUUCGAAGACGCAACGAGAUUUGCCGAGAUGCCGUCAAAAGACACCUCGCCAAAAGUUUCAAAGAUGGACAGGGCCAAGUUGUCAGGGAGUGCCGCGAUUAUGAUGAAAUGUCCGCAUCGACUCCUGUCUUCUGCACCAGCAGCCUCGUAUAUCAGAAGAUGCAAGGCCUCGUGGCCAGACACGGAACGUCGGAAAUUCCUCAGCUACAAGCUCAUGCUCAGAAGCUGACCGAAGAACUUCGAGUUACGAAGUACCAAGAGGUGCUGAAUGGCAUAUGCCAAGUUCUCAACUUCAUUGCAAUUUGGGCGCAGGAGAGGGCCGGGACUACGGCAACAAUUGAUGGGGAGCAACUGAAGGGGAUGUUGACACGCUUUGAUGCCUCGAGGGAUUGCCGCGAAAAAUUGCACAUGGCAGCAGAGACCAUUCUGUACGAGGAGAUGAAUCGCUUGAGCACCGUAGCCAGUCGUGCGGCAGUACCCACCGCCCACAAUUCCAACGAAGAUCUGUUGAAGCCCAUCAAGGAAAACCUCACAGAGACCUGGGAAUCCUUCUUUCAGUUCAGUCUCCCUGGCAUACUCGACAAUUUCACAGUCUCUCCGACCAACCUGCUAAGCACUUUCCACGACGAUGUUAUGAAGCAACUCGGGAUUCAAGACUGCGAUCAUGAUGAAUUAUCUACGAUCGUCCAGCUCAACCGGCAGCUCGACCUACAUAGACAAAAGAUUGUGCGGCUUACCGCUCAAUGUCGGAUGGGAGUCGACGAUGCUCAGAAAGACGCCAGCAGAGUGUUGACUACACCAGUCGCCGAAGAAAUGGCUCCUGGCUAUGAAGAGUGUGGUAUGAUGCGUGGCUUUAAAGUCAAGAUCGAGGACUAUAUCCAUAUUCGAAAGAUCAGGAUGUUCCGCGACGCGAUUGGAAACGUCAAAGACGUUCUCGAGGACGGCUUGAAGAUGGUCCGCGAAGACAUGGCGGCCGAUAUCAGAAACAUUGGAGCGACAAUGGAUGGCGACUACAUGCUUGCGCUUGCAGAAAAGCAAGAGUCAGGACGUCGUCGUGAGAAGGCGUCUAAGCGGGAGAUUCUGGAGUUCUUGGAGCGUGCUGCGGAGCGAUUUAAGUAUUAG